AUGCCUGGUAUUAUGCUCCAGUCGGAGAGCUCUGCUACACCGCCGCCACCAGAGGAGCUUAGAGCAGCAGCAUCUCCAGUGCGGGGGACACCACCAGCCCCCGAGGCCCCAGCACCUAAACAUCCAGCUCCUCAAUCAGGGGCGGAGGAUAGGGCCAUGAGAGAUGCGGUUCAGUUGCUGACUAGAUUAGUGGCAGGUCAGGCUCGCAAGCAUGGACUAGGAGUUGAUCAUGCGGACAGAUCUGAUAGCUUAAGGGCUCGUGAGUUCUUAAGUUGUAAUCCUCCAGAGUUCUUUGGGUCAAGGCCCCAGUAUGAUCCGCAAAAGUUUAUUCGUCAGAUGCAGCGUACAUUGAGGAUAAUCAAGGCUUCGGAGACCGAGUCUCAAGAUAGAGAUUAUAAUAGAGGCCAGCAUAAGAGGGCUAGAUCAGUAGAUUAUCCUGACGAGUUUCGAAGCGGGCAGUCUCAGCAGCAUGUUAGAUUUUCUUCCCAGCCAGCACAGAGUGCACCCCCACGUUUCAUGGGUAGGGGGUUCGAUCGUAUGGGAUAUUCGGAAGCUGGUCAGAGCUCUAGGGCGUCAGGGUCACAGAUGGGCAGGGGUUUGAGCCAGUCGAGGCCACCUUUGCCUCGGUGUUCUCGUUGUGGUAAGUCCCAUCCUGGGGAAUGUCGUUGGGCUACAGGUGCGUGUUUUUCUUGCGGCCGUCAGGGCCAUACUAUGAGGGAGUGUCACCUUAGAGGUAGUGCAGGUGGUAUGGCACAGCCUACAGGGUCCGUUGCUGGUUCAUCUUCUUCUGUGGCUAUGCGCCCUACGGGGCAGGGUAUUCAGGCGCCAGCAGGCCGUGGUAGAGGACGUGGUGGAGCUUCCAGUUCUAGCGGUCCCUCAAACCGUAUAUAUGCUUUGACUAAUAGGCAAGAUCAGGAGGCGUCACCUAAUGUGAUCACAGGUGUAGACGCACAGUUCGGUGAUCCUCCCGCCUAGGAUAUCUA